AUGCCUUCAAAUACAGCCCCUCACUUCUUCACCGUUCCCAAGCUUCUUUUCCUUCCUCCUCCCUUCCACCCAGUUCCAAGCCAUCUUUCAUUUCCUUCCACCCAGUUCCCAAGCCCUUUGCCAAUGGAAAACAAGAAGCUCACGGCAGAGGUGAUGCUCACGCAUUUCAACGAAGCUGUGGACGCAUUCAACGCUCUAAAGCCGUAUCUAAUAGUGGUCCGCUCCGAUGUUGAUAUCCCUGGACUGUUUGAUGAGCAUUAUGAAGUCCUGAAAAAUAUGUUAGAGAAUUUAGAUACGAAGCUAUAUUCUGUCUUGGAGGACCCGGCUGAGGCAGAUGAAGUUAUUAAAACCUAUGAAGACAUCACUGAACGGCUAAUUGAAGCUAAAGCUAAAGCUAAAGCUGAAGAAGUUGAAGGUGAAGCUGAAG